UUUGUGGAGACAUCCAUGGUCAGUUCUUUGACUUGAUGAAACUGUUUGAAGUGGGAGGUUCUCCUGCCAACACACGGUAUCUCUUCCUGGGGGACUAUGUGGACAGAGGGUACUUCAGCAUUGAAUGUGUGCUGUACUUGUGGGCCUUGAAAAUCCUUUACCCCAAAACACUGUUCUUACUUCGUGGGAAUCAUGAAUGUAGACAUUUAACAGAGUAUUUCACGUUUAAGCAAGAAUGUAAAAUCAAAUAUUCAGAACGCGUAUAUGAUGCCUGCAUGGAUGCCUUCGACUGCCUUCCCUUGGCUGCUCUGAUGAACCAACAAUUCCUGUGUGUACACGGUGGCUUGUCUCCGGAGAUCAACACCUUAGAUGACAUCAGAAAAUUAGAUCGAUUCAAGGAACCACCUGCAUACGGACCUAUGUGUGACAUCCUGUGGUCGGACCCGUUGGAGGACUUUGGAAACGAGAAGACUCAGGAACACUUUACUCACAACACAGUCAGGGGCUGCUCGUACUUCUACAG